AUGCGACGAAGGCGACAACCGUUAACAGCAGGCAUCACGGAGGUUGAUGUUGGGGAGGGGGAAGAAAAAAAGGCCCGCGAUGGCACCGAUUUUCCAGCUGUUAAUAUAUGCUCUUGGAGUGUUUCUGCCGACGCCAUAGCAGCAGACUUGGGAAACCAACACGAAGGAAAAGGCGACAGACGUGACGUCGGUGACGAAGCGGAUGUGGGGCCGCCGUUAAAACGCUUUAAGAUACCGGACAAGGCGCUUGCCCGCAUUGAGGCUCAGGCCGCGCUGGCGAGGGAUAACGUUGCCGAGCAGCAGAACCCUGCUGUGGGGGACGAUGCCACUGACGUGAUCAGGCGGCGAAAGUUUUCCGCACUCAAGUAUUGCACAGAGGUUGCUGAUGAACGGGACUUCAGUGGAGUCAAAAAACCUUUGAUUUCGGUGGGCCGACUCCCACGUCACACAGCGGAGCAACGACAGCAGUUACGGCGUGCGCAGCGCAAUGUGAAGAAUAUGACCAGCACAAGCGGACCGCUUGGUUUGUUUGCCGACGGCGGAGACGUCAUUCGUUUUGGUUCCGUGGGAAGUGACAGCAGCGAUUCAAACCCCUCCGAGACGUCAUCGUUUGAUGAUGAAGGUUGCCGUACUCUCACCGGUAAUGCUGUUGGGCGCAGCGCAUCUGCCGCGAGAGAGAUACGGAAUAUCGACCGGCACUUCUCCGGGUACGAUAGCGAGGAUCUUCCACCUGUGAGUGGUCUUCUUGAUGAAGAGACUGAAGAAUCCGAGGAAUACGAAGAAUCCGAAGAAUCCGAAGAGGAAAGGAAGAUUGCCGAUUCAGGGGUCAAUUUCGGCGACUGUUGUGCUGAGGCGAACGGGGGAACGGUAAAAGUUAUGUCGGUGAAGCGGGGCUUUGGUUUCCAACAGCAGCGGCGCCUGCAGGAAGGUGCACGAUCUCCAGGGAACCAGCACAUUGCAGAUGAGGGCACAGAAAUUGGCGUUGGUAAUGAAACUGCCGCUGGGGCUGCCGUAUCCACAGGCCGCUGCCAGCGCUACGGUGGAGUGCUGUUUGAGAUGCAUAUUAAUCGGGCUGCUGCUGCACCGUGUCACCACACACUUCUGCACGUGAGGAACUCUAUAACUGUUCAAGGACCAUGUUGUAUCAUCGGGUUUGGGAUCGGCGAGAUCACCGUGGGGGGCUUCUUCUUGGGUAGGAAGCAUAUUACUCUUCUGAGUGAUUCACAAAAGGUUGUCGUGAUGCCCGUACGGCCUCUCAAGAGCAAAAGUGCUGCAUCGGAGUCGCUACCGGUUCCUAAGCGGCAGCUGCAUCUGCCGGCGGCCGAUGACUGCGUUGUGGUUGCCCCACCAGCGUCAGCGUCUUUUUGUCGGUUUAUGGGCAUCGGAGAGCCGACAGCAGCUGGUGAUACUGCUUCCGAAAGGGAUUGUGAAGCAGAUGACUUAGAAAUGUUCGGCACAGUUGACUGGGAUUGGGUCGAGGCGAGCGUCGCAAGAGUGCAAGAAGGCCGUCAUGCUGCCGAUAACUCCUGUGUUGUGCUCGUUGUUCAGCCCUACAAAUCCCACGAGAAGGCACCAACUCGGCGCCGCUAUCUUGUGCCAAGAGACACAAGUUCUAGCAAGCGGGAAAAUGGAGGAGGUAGGCACAGGGGGAAACUUCACUCUGAUUCAUUUGUUGAAGUCCCACUCUUUCUCGCUCGACAACCUGUUCCGGGCGUUGACGCAGCGCUGCUUCCUGAUGUGGUGCCGGCUGUAGUGAGGCACGGUUCAGGAGCUGUCGUCGUUCUUGGAUCGAAGGGUAUCGGUAAGUCAACACUUUGUCGUUUUCUCGCGAACGCGCUUCUAUCACAGCACGGUGUUUGUUAUUGGCUUGAGCUCGACAUCGGGCAGCCGGAGUUUGGACCACCUGGUGUUCUGUCGCUCUAUUGUGUUAGCAAACCCCUUCUAGCACCCCACGAAAGUGAUGGUGUUGAUUUUGUGAGGGGGUAUUACGUUGGUGGUACGCGGCUUCGCUGUCCGGUCGCUGGCGCUACAGCGCUGACGCGUAUUUGCGGCGUCGCCGAACAGUUGCGGAAGCGGUACCCUAUCAUCGUUAAUACACAUGGUUGGGUCUUAAGCACCGGAAGACGCAUGACUGUUGAGGCGGUGCGGCGGCUGCAACCCACACACAUCAUUCACCUUGCAAAGAGGCAGGAGGAGCAGUGGGCACGAUUUGCCACGGAGUUAGUGGAUCCUAUCAAAGGCCUCAAUGCCAGUGUCGUGAAUAAGAGGUUUCUUGUGCACAAGCAAGACGGCAUUGCCUGCGGUGCUGCCGGCGCGGACAGCCUGCCGAGUAGUAGAAUCCUUGGUCUCCUUCCACAUGCUCAUGAUUUUCGGCCGAAGCGCAGCAGCACCUCGGCUGAGGCAACAAAGUCUUCUUCAUUGCCCAAGUGGAGUGGUACGGUUCACACCGUUCAGGUGGUUAGGGACGAAGGAUUGUUACGGAAAAGCAUGCAGCCAAAGGCGUCCGCAAUUCGUAGGGGUAUGUGGGGGCGAUACUUGGCGCCUAUCUUUGAGUAUUACGAAGCCACUAGGUUGAGACAUGUGAAGCAACAAGUUUCGGAACUUUACAAGGGGGAGGAACCAAUCAUAGUGGGCGGGCGGCGAACGACGACGUUGUUUACAGGGGAGUUGAGUCAUUUUGAGUCGUUGGUGUUUACGGAUGUGGCGGACGCCUCUGAUCUAACGGUUGACUUUGUCUGUGCUGCGUUGGCGCACAGUGUCGUAGCCUUCUCCAUAAGAGUUAUUUCUUCUUCACCUGCUCAGGGUGUGGCGGUUUCCCAUAAAACAGAGUCGUUGACUAACUGCGAUGCUCAAGCAUUUCACUACCCAAAUUGCCGUUCUCUUGUGGAUUUGCCGGAUGGAUUUCCCAUCACCUGCUUUGGUAUUGUGGAGAGUAACGAGGCGGACAUGCGUUCAUCGGGAAAAAUAAGAAUCCGCUUACCAGUUGGUCGUGACGACGUGCAUAAAAUGCUGUCAGUAUCCGGCGAGGGGAAGAGGGUCUGCAUUUCACUGGCGUGCACGCUGGCCGACCGAUCUGAAACUGCCGCUGUGGAGGCGCUCUUUUGA